GCGAUACUAGCGUGACCAAUUGGGGCGCAGCAGCGCUAAGUCAAAUCGAAUGUUUUUCCCUCAAGGAGGCAAGCGACGUGUUUUGCUUCAGAGUUGUGCUGCUUUGGAGGGACUUUCUCCUCCUAUUGUACAACAAAAGCCUACAGCAGGAAAUCUCCACUGAUUUAACCUGGUUGAGGACUUACAAUGGACAACGUCGCAGUUUCAAGACGAAACCACGCCUAUAAGAAAGAAAACAAGGAAAAUGCUCAGCCAGCAUAUGGAAGCAAAUCCUUUAUCAAAAGAGGUAAAACUUGUGCUACUCCCUUUCAACUGAAAAGCACCAAAAAAAAGGAAACCUUGGCAAAAAAUGGUCCUCUUAAAGCCCAGGCCAAACAGGCAGACACAAGGUCAAAGACUGUGCAGAGAGAUGGGAAAGGAGCUACUGAUGUCAAACAACGACAAACGCAUAGCCAGGCCUUCCUCACUGAACAGGCUGUGAAAGACAAAAUAAUAGUUGCAGAAGCUCCAAAGCCACCAGCUGCUGUGCCAUCAUCCAAAUCUGCUCCCGGCAUGUACAAAGGCAAGAUUGUCCAGUCAAAAAUUGGAUCCAUUUGGAAGUCAAGUGCCACUGCGGGCAGGGCAGAUGUCAAACCAUCAGCACCCGAAACAGAGAGCCAGCGGGUUGGAAAUGUGACCAAAAUCAGGUCCAAAUCCGUUGCUGACCUUCCUGGCCAUCACACACAAAAACCUGCACAGACAAGGUCCAAGUCAGUGUUAGAAAGACCUGCUCAGGUGUCCAAGCCCGCUGUCACCAGCCGUCCUCCUGCUGGAUUCUGCUCUGCUCGUCCUCCUGCCAGAACCGUCCCAGCAACACUAACCAAUACCAGUUCCAGAAACACUAACAUGGCUCCCACCAAGGGAAGUGGGACUCAGAACUCAAAGCCAAAGAUUCUAGUGACAGAGAAGAAAGUCAACAAACUUCCUGUCUCAAGCACCCUCAGCCAGUACAGAUUUACCAUGGAGACUGCAGAGGAAAGAAGAGCGAAACUGGCCGAGUGGCUAGCUUCCAAGGGCAAGACUUUCAAGAGACCAGCCAUGACAACAGCCGCACCCUCAAAAACCAAAGUCUCUGCAAAACCUGAAGCCGAUCUCAAGUCUCAGUCUCAUGUUGAUCCCCAGCCAGCUAAGCAGUGCGACCCUGAACCCAGUCUGGAAGCACACAAGCCCGACUCUGCUGCUCACUGUGCAGAUACCCAGGGAGCAGAGUUAACAAUACACAGCCAAACUCCAGUGAUCAUGAACACCACCCUGGACCUGCUCGGAAACUCUGACGCAGAUCUGCCUGUUGACCCACAGGACAGAGUGGAUGAUAUUGUUGUGAACCUGUGUGAUGUUUUGGAGGCCAUGGCAACACCAUCAAGAUGCAACGAUGAGCUUUCACAGAUGACAGAUGUGUGCAAUGAUGUUGAAGUGGAGGACAGCAAACCAAAGGAUGAAUAUACAAAAGAGCUGAAAAAUGAAACGCCUGAGCAUGUUAGCGAGCAGCGAAAGGUUAAACAAGUGAAGGAUGAAGUAGAAGAAAGUGAUGACCAGGAAGUGGAGACAGAUGUUGAGGAAGGAGAAAGUGAUGAUGAUGAGGAGGUGGGUGUGAUGGAGACCACGUCACAGAUGAAGGAUGCUUCAGUAGUAAAGUACAGUGUGAAGACCACUCCAUACCUGCAAAGUGUCAAGAAGACCAUUGAAGAUGAUGCUAGCACAAGUACAUCCAGGAGAAAGAGCAACAUUAAAGAUCUUAAGUUUCUGACACCUGUGCGCCGUUCCUGCCGCAUAGAACGCAAAUCCUCCCGCCUGCCGACGAUGCUGGUUGAUCACGAUCUCUGUGUGUCGUCACUGGCUGAGCUGGUGAAGCUAGAUGAUGAUCCCAAUGCCUACAUCUACAGAAAAAACCCAGCACUUCUGGAAGAUCUGCCAGACCAGCCCAGACUGUGAGGAGCUCUGUAUAUGUGUGCAGUUUAUAAAAAGAAGAAAUAACAAACCUUUCGAAAUGUAUGGGACUGGAGCUAAUGGACACUUUAUACUGUUUAAAUGGUUUUACUAAUCUGAACGCAGCUGAGCAAAACAUUUUAAUUGUCAUUUAAACUGUUUUAUCGUAUUGGGGUCAUCAUUCUUGUCUAGUUUUGUUCUGAAUGUAUUUUAGACUUUCCCCUAACACCAUUGUUCAUUUUAAUAUAACGUUGACAUGUAUUGCCAAAUGCACUACAAUAAAAGAAUAUUGCCUUAUCUUAAACAUCA